GGAAAGACUUGUGGAUUAACAGCAGUAUUUAUGCACCGAUAUGUCACAUACAGCACAUUAGACCAGGACGGAGGAGACGCAGCACCAGAACUCAAGGAUGAUUUUCCACAAGUCCCCAUUGAGGACAUUAUGCUGCCUGCUGUUCCUACCAGGUUUGAUAAAGGCAACAUCUCUUGUUAAAGUAAAGAAUAUUGCAGGGAAUUCAGUUAGCAUUGACUCAUCUCAAGCACAUGAUUUCCUGACUAAUUCUCGCCCUAAGAGGAAUAUCGACCCAAAGUGGUACAGAGCCAAUCCUGAUUUUCAGUCCUACUACCGCUUUUACAACAGCAUUGGGCACACUGAGGGUAUCUAUGAGAUUGAUAAGCUCAGGAUGCUGUAUCAGCAGAUGCGCUUCUUGGAGGUGACCUAUGGCCCAGACGCCUCCAGUUAUCAAAGUGUCAUGGGUGUACAGACUACCACAGCAGCACCAACUACAACCACCCAGCCUCCUCCACCUCCCACCACCCCCGCUCCUACACCAGACCCUCUGGCCAAUGCUCAGAAGAUCUAUCUGUGUAACCCCAAAGACCCACUGUGCAAACCUCACAUUGUCUACCUGCCAACAGGGGCUUUUCCAGUGCUGUGCGACCCACGACACAACCCGGCUUGCAGGCCAAAGACAGAGGAGGAGAUUAAGGCUGCAGCUCCUCCCCAACCACCCCCACCACCUCCAGCUCCAAAGAAGUCUGCCCCACCUCCACCUCCUGUUAUCACUGUAAAAGCUAUGGAGUAUGACUGCGACCCAUACUGGGAUCCUGACUGCCUCAUUGACCACCCUCCUUCCUCCCAGGAAACAGCUGCAUCAGAGGAACCUGCUGAGGAGAAAGAGGUGAAAGAAGAAGAAGAAGUAGCAAAAGCUGAGGAAAGUGGCCCUGCAGCACCAGACACAGAGAAACCACUCUACCCUUACUAUGACCCUUAUGAUUUCAAACGUGAUCUUUAUGAUCCCUUUCGAUAUGCCAAUCCAGCUCCUGAAGAGUAAACACAAAGAAACUUUUAGAAAGUGAGAUUACAAAACUAUACAACAAGACCAAUUUAAGACAGGGGUGUGAAGAAAAUCCACAAAAAAUAUAAAUUAAUUAAAUCAAAUGAGGCAGAUCAUCAUUCAUGGUGGGUUUGUUUUCCAAAUCUCACCAUGCCUUUACUGUAUGUUUGUAUGAGUGCUCUUUCUGUAAUAAACAAUAAAUGUUUGUGUCUAUUAAAA